AGAAAGGAAGCUCACCCAACCACAAAACCUCUCCAAAAUCUUCAUCGGAGAACUCAACAACAGGCUCGCCCAUCGCCCGCUACGACGUCGUUAGACCUUGGUCGCACCCGAACUCGCUCUCAGCCAAUGUCAAAUCUCUAAGCUUCCUUCUCUCGCCUCUUCAACCCUCCAAUUCGCCGAACCAGUUCCCGAAAAAAUGGCGCUGAAAUGGCCCAUACCGUUCCCAAUCUUCGCGCCACUUCUGAACAAGACUCCGGCUCCUACUCCUACCCCGAACCCGUCCCAUCACCGCCCGCCCGGUGAAGUCCGGUUCUCGCGGUGGAACAACGCCAACGCCGAGAAAUUCAACGAGCGCCGGCGAGCCCAGCAAGAAAUCGAGGACGACAUACGGCGAGAGCGACGCUUCGAUUCAGCCGCGAGAAUUUCCACUAUCGACGACGACGGUUCUGCUGCCACUGACACCUCCGCAACCCCCUCGAACGGCCAAACAUUCAAAUCCAUCGGCACGCCUUCUUUACCCUCGAGACCUUCAAUCCCUGGCAAGAAAUCCAAGUACUCUAAAAACCCUUACCCUAACCACAACCACAACUCCAAUGAUUCCCACCCCGCUUUUCGCCGGUUUCCGAAGACCUCCAUGAAAAUCUCCAACUUGCCAAGAGAGAACAAUCCCCCAAUCAACCGCCAAGCCAAUGUCUCUGUGGGUGAAGAUGGAUUGUCCUAUGUCAUUGAUGGAUCUCCAUUUGAAUUCAAGUACAGCUACACUGAAACCCCCAAGGCUAAGCCCAUUAAGCUACGCGAGCCGCCGUACGCACCGUUUGGGCCCACCACUAUGCCCCGGCCGUGGACUGGGCGGGCUCCAUUGCCUCCGAGCAAGAAGAAAAUGAGGGAAUUUGAUUCCUUUCGGCUGCCGCCACCGCAUAAGAAGGGUGUUAAGCCGGUUCAGGCGCCGGGGCCGUUCUUGCCGGGUUCGGGACCCAAGUACGUGAUGUCUAGGGAAGAGAUAUUGGGCGCGCCUUUGACGGAGGAGGAAAUUAAGGACUUGAUCAAUGGGUGUAUUAAAUCCAAGAGACAGUUGAAUAUGGGUAGAGAUGGUUUAACACACAACAUGUUGGAUAAUAUUCAUGCUCAUUGGAAGCGGCGAAGAGUCUGCAAGAUUAAAUGUAAAGGAGUGUGUACGGUUGAUAUGGACAAUGUGCGGCAGCAGUUAGAGGAAAGGACUGGAGGAAAGAUUAUCUACAGUAAAGGUGGCGUGAUAUAUCUUUUCCGAGGCAGAAACUAUAACUACAAAACUCGGCCACGUUUUCCUCUCAUGUUAUGGAAGCCUGUUACCCCUUUAUAUCCUAGAUUGGUUCAGCGGGUUCCCGAGGGUCUGACACUGGAAGAGGCUACGGAAAUGCGCAAGAAGGGACGGAGCCUAAUACCAAUAUGCAAGCUUGGGAAAAAUGGUGUUUACAUUGACCUGGUAAAAAAUGUCAGAGAGGCAUUUGAAGAAUGUGAAAUAGUGCGAAUUAAUUGCCAAGGUAUGAAUCGAAGUGACUACAGAAAAAUUGGUGCUAAACUAAAGGAUCUUAUCCCUUGUGUUCUAAUCUCAUUUGAACGUGAGCACAUACUUAUGUGGAGAGGAAAGGAUUGGAAGUCAUCCCUCCCAAAAUUGGAUAAAGAUUGUAGAGAAGUCAUGGCAUCCGAUUCUGGUGUAGAUAAUGCAGCUUCAGUUUCACCGUCCUUGGAAGGACAAGAAGAAUCACCAUCAUCUGAUCCAGUGGUCCUGGUUAACAAUGAAAGUUCUGAAGUGCCGUCUACAACUACACCACAUGUAGGUUCUGAAGUUCUGGGUGUAGAGGAAAGUGAGGGUUCAUCCAUUAUAGAAUGUGUUGACCCACUUGCUGCAACUGAUGCAGUUUCAACGGCAGGAAUGACCUAUGGAGCUAAAAAUGUACCAAAUGUUCAAAGUCCUGCAGAUGAUGUAUUAGAAGCUAUAAGGAAUGCAGGUUAUAGUGCUGCUGGUAGAUCAGAUGAUCCUGGCUAUGCUGGUGAUGACCCAGCAAUUACAAGCAACAUAUCUGGAAGCAAUACUACAUUGGAUAAUGCUGACUAUGUUGAUGGACAACCGUCGGUCGACAUGGGAUCUGAGACCACACUACUAGCCACUGAAAGCACUGAAACAAAAUUGGAUUCUGUUGGAGCAAGUCAUAUAGAUAAUGAGAAUCUACAGGUUGUUUCAGAAUCCUCCCAAAGUACAAGUCAUCCAGCGAGGUCGCCUGCACUUUGUACAGAGGGAGUAAUAACACUCUUGAAGGAAGCUGUCGAAGGUGGGAGCGCAAUGAUUUUAGAAGAUUCAUAUUUGGAUGCUGAUAUUGUUUAUGAAAAGGCAGUUGCAUUUGCCAAGUCUGCUCCACCUGAGCCUGUUUUUAGGCAUGGACCCAGAAAGGUUCUAUUUAGAAAGUCCGAAAUUAGAAAGAGCGAGGAGCAAGAAUCUGAGGAGACGGAAUCAAAACAGAUAACAACAGUACCUGUGAAAAAAGGAAAAGAGAAAAAGGGUUCGAAAAUUCAAAGGAGGAAAGAUUUUGGUGGGCGUCUAGAUAAUGUUGUACCGCAGGGUAGUUUGGGAGUAGAUGAACUAGCAAAACUCUUGGCAUGAUAUAUGCCUGCAUACUGUGAGGUUAAUUUAUCGAUCUUAUUAAAUUAAUUAAUUUUAUUAUUCUUUA